CGGGAGGGUCGGAGCCAUGGCGGCCAGGACGGCGGGUGGGGGGCGCUGGGAGGUGGUGAAGAGGGGGCGGCGGCCAGGGGCCGGAGGCAGUGGUAGAAGCGGCGGAGGGGACCGCCGGGCGCUCGGGGAGGCGAACGGAGUGUGGAAAUACGACCUGACCCCUCCAAUCCAGACGACAAGCACCCUUUAUGAGCGGGGCUUUGAGAGAAUCAUGAAGCGGCAGAAUAAGGAGCAGGUUCCACCCCCUGCUGUGGAGCCUAAGAAACCAGGGAACAAGAAGCAGACUAAGAAGGUGGCGACUGUCACCAACCAAAACCAGAAGCAGGGCCGCUUCCGCAGCCUGGAGGAGGCACUGAAAGCUCUGGACGUGGCAGCUCUGCAGAAGGAACUGGACAAGAGCCAGAGCAUGUUCUCUGGGAACCCGUUGGUGUGGUUGAAGGACCUGGCCAGCUAUCUCAACUACAAGCUCCAAGCACCUCUAAGUGAACCCACACUAAGCCAGCAUACUCACGAUUAUCCCUACAGCCUGGUGAGCCGGGAGCUGCGUGGGAUCAUCCGAGGGCUACUGGCGAAGGCACCGGGGUCUCUGGAGCUCUUUUUUGACCACUGUCUGUUCACCAUGCUGCAAGAGCUAGAUAAGACACCAGGAGAGUCACUGCACGGUUACCGCAUCUGUAUCCAGGCCAUUCUGCAAGACAAGCCUAGGAUUGCCACCAUGAACCUGGGCAAGUUCCUGGAACUUCUGAGGUCCCACCAGAGCCGACCAGCAAAGUGUCUGACCAUCAUGUGGGCCCUGGGUCAAGCAGGUUUUGCCAACCUCACCGAGGGACUAAAAGUGUGGCUGGGAAUCAUGCUGCCUGUGCUGGGCAUCAAGUCUCUGUCUCCCUUUGCCAUUGCAUACCUGGAUCGGCUGCUCCUGAUGCACCCCAACCUCACCAAGGGCUUUGGCAUGAUUGGCCCCAAGGACUUCUUCCCUCUUCUGGACUUUGCCUAUAUGCCAAACAACUCCCUGACACCCAGCCUGCAGGAGCAGCUGUGUCAGCUCUACCCCCGACUGAAGGUGCUGGCAUUUGGGGCGAAGCCGGAAUCCACCCUGCAUACCUACUUCCCCUCCUUCCUGUCCAGAGCCACCCCUAGCUGCCCUCCUGAGAUGAAGAAAGAGCUCCUGAGCAGCCUAACUGAGUGCCUGACGGUGGACUCCCUCAGUGCCAGUGUCUGGAGGCAGCUGUACCCCAAGCACCUGUCACAAUCCAGCCUGCUGCUGGAGCACUUGCUCAGGUCCUGGGAGCAGAUUCCCAAGAAGACACGGAAGUCUUUGCAAGAAACCAUUCAGUCUUUCAAACUUGCCAACCAGGACCUGCUGAGGAAGGGUAGCUCUAACAACCAGGAUGUCGUCACCUGUGAUGCAGCCUGCAAGACUCUGUUGCAGGAAGCACGGGGCUGCCGGCUGCCCUGGACACGGCUACUCCUGUUGGUGUUGGUCUUUGCCGUAGGUUUUCUGUGCCACGACUUCCGGUCACACAGCUCUUUCCAGGCCUCCCUUUCUGGCCGGUUGCUUCAGUCAUCUGGUUUCUUGCCUGCUGGCCAACAAGCAUGUGCCAAGAUCUACUCCUACAGCUUGGAAGGCUACAGCUGGCUAGAGGAGACACUGCCAGCCUGGGGCUCCCACCUGCUGACCGUGGUGAGGCCCAGCUUGCAGUUGGCCUGGGACCACACCAAUGCCACAGUCAGCUUUCUUUCUGCCCACUCUGCCUCCCACCUUGCCUGGUUUGGUGACAGCCUCACCAGCAUCUCCCAGAGGAUCCAGCUCCCUGAUGCCCUGAACCAGCUGCUCCAUUCUCUGAGGGAGCUGCUCUUGCUUCUCUACCAGAACAUGCUGCUGCCGUUGUGGCACAUGCUGCUUGAGGCCCUGGCCUGGGCCCAGGAGCACUGCCACAAGGCGUGCAGAGGUGAGGUGACCUGGGACUGCGUGAAGACACAGCUCAGUGAGGCUGCCCGCUGGACCUGGCUCUGCCUACAGGACAUCACAGUGGCUUUCUUGGACUGGGCACUUGCCAUGAUAUCCCAACAAUAGGCCCUGCCUCCCUGGCCAUUGGGUUCUGUCUGGGGUAGGCCAUCUGAGACUGCUGGGGGGUGGAGGGUAGCAGUUCUGCAUGGGGGUCUUUUGUACUUGGUUCCUGAGUUCUGUCUCCUAGGCAAGGGGCCAGUUACCUCUGCCCCACUUCUUCCAUCUUUGGAGGCAAGUGAACCCAGAGGUAUUUCAACCUCCUACCCACCAUUCCACUAACACUUCUCUGCCCUGUUGCACAUAGCUCCCAGCCUCUUCCCCUGGGCUGGUAGCCUCUCUCCCCUCUUCUCUUGUCUUCUGCUCUCUACUUCUUUUCAUCUCAUUCCUGAAGCCCCACACAGCUCAUGUCCAAAAAGGUGGGAUUCCAGCGAGUGUCUUCUACAUUCUGAUGAAUGAUUCCUGCUCCCAGACUUAAGCCACAGCAGAAAAAGGAAAGGGACCUCCAGAAGAAUCUGGCAUCACAGCGGGAAAUAGCAGCUUCACCUCUACCCACAACCUGGGGUGCGGCUGUGGAUAUGGAGAGCUGGGCGGAAAUGCCUCUUACCUCACAGUGCCCGACAUAGGUCCUUCGAGGCCCCUCGCUGCUUCCUCCAUGGGUGGUCCUACUUCCUCACUCUCCAUUCCUCUUCAGUGCUUGGAGGCACUGCCUCAAGGUUCGGCUUCUCUCUGCUGCCCACCCCUGCCAUCUAUCUGGAGAGCAGAGCCCAGGUAGUUGUAUGCCUCAGGCCCAGGGAACCUUCCGGCAGCCUGUUGAGACAGGGUUCAGCAUGGCUAUGCUAGUGGAAUAUGCAUAUGCCUACAGGAUAUGCCUGCUGGUGGAAUAAAGGACACAGAUUUGAUUUCUAGCUUUCCUCUCUGCAUUCUCGUUUAGGAAUUCCCAUAGUUAUGGACAGCACAACAAAAUAUAGGCCACCUGCAUGUUCUCCUUUGGCCCCCUGCUCUCCUGUGGGUUGUAGCCACUGGCUGUGAUUGAGCUUCGACAGGGAAAGCCCACACCCAUCAUUCUAAAGUUGGGCCUGUUGAAGAUUCUACACUCCUCCUCUUGCUCCCCUAAUUACAUUGUCUCACUUGUGACUGUAAUUCAUGUCCCAAGAUUUGCCUUGAUAGCUUGAGUGUUUUAUGCUUGGAAAAGCAGGGGAGAGUCUCCUCGGGUUGUUCUUGGCCAGUGAUCAGAGGGUAUCCUCUUCCUUGCCACUUUAUUAAUUGGGUUAUUUUAUAAGGCAGUGAGUGAAAGAUUUGAACUCCAAGAGACAUGUGAGUCAAGGGUUUAUCACCAAAGUCCCUUUUUAUUUUUAAUUUGAGACUACAUAAGUGAGAUAGCUGUGCAGGUUUUCAUUUCUCACCUCAGGUUUCUUUCCUUGAAUGUUUCAAAAUAUAGGCAGUGCUAGACAUGUACCGCCCACUCCAUUUCCACGGGCUGGUUUCUGCUUCCCAUAAAUGCCUGAGAUGACCAGCAGUGAUCAUGGGCAGCUACCACUUUACCUUUCACUUGCUGCCAUGAGAUGUUGCCUUGAUUUUUCAGUGACAAGAUUAUAAAGUAGCAAGCAUAAAAAAUCUUGACACAAUGUGAGGUCAUGAGGAUUAUAGCAUCUCACAUUUUUAUUCCCUCUCCUUGUUACAAUAUGUUACCUCUCUGAAAUUAAACAGCCUACGUUGGGCUCUCCUACUGGCAGUUAGCUAUGAUCAUUUUUCCCAGAAAAAUAGAAACCCCACUUGGCAAAGGGCCAAAGAGUAGCACUGCUAGGCAGGACUGUCCAAGGGUCCCAAGAUGUGCUCCAUUUCCUCAAUUUUUCCUUGCCAAUCAGAAACAAACAGGUUUAAUACUUAAGAAUAGUGAAUCCUUGUAACUGGCCUGUAUUCAAGGCAAGUUGAAGAAAGGGGUGUAGUGUGAGCCUGGGUUGGCAAUAGCACAGGACAAAUAAAAUGACACUCCAUCCUACCAUGACAUUGAGUCCAGCCAAGGCUACUGGACUGAGUUCUUUCAAUCUAGCAACUCAGAGGAUGCCACUUAAAAUUGCUACAUUGGUUUCUAAUGUGUGUACUAUAUUUACCUUGUUGGAUUCAUGUAAUUUCUGACAUAAGCCUGGGGUCCGUUUCUCUUCAUCAACUUAGGUUAACUGGGGUCUCCACAGCCUCUCACAGGGACAUCUUAAUUGGCUUUAUUUGAUAGACACAGUUUUUUGACCCAAUAUUGGAAUUGUUGAGAACUUUUCCUCUGUCAGAGCAAUAGUCCAACGUUUCAUCUACUGUCCAUUAAAACUAAACCAGACAUCCAGGUGUUUCAUUUUUGCAGAACUGCCAACAAACAGGAAUCCAGACUGACCCAGUGAGUGAACCAGUGUGGACUAGUAGAGAACACUCUGAUGCUGACAGAUGGGCAAUCACACCAUGACUCUUGGUGUUUUUGGAAUAACAGAAGUAAACUGACACCUCAGAGUGUCACACCUGGACAUUGUAACUGUACUUUUCACACACAGCUGGAGUUCUACAGAUAACACGCCAUAAAACUGAAGGACAGUUUUGAGUAUGGUUAUCUCUUACUAAUUUUAGUUAUUAAUUCUUGUAUGGACCUGCACAUUAUAUCACAUGACUCAUUUGAAACACUUCUUACCAUCUUCUUAAAUCUGAAAGCACGUUUCUGGAUUCCUCUGGUUAUUUGUACACAAUCUACAACUUCAGCUUUAAAGCCAGGUAGCUGGAUGGGUGGCUUGCCUUACUACAGAUAGAUAAUGUUGCUGGGCUCACACCUGUGGCAUGCCCGUCCAUUUUCAAGUGCUGCCACCCUGAUGGUGGAGUGUUUCCCACGGAGGCAGGCAUGCCUGCCCUGUCACCCGACUCUAUUGCAGAAUGACCCGUUGUCAGUUACACAGAAAUUUCAAUGGUUGGAUGACCUCUGAGUAUUUUCAUUGUCUUACCGCUCCUAAAGGAGUUUGGAUUUAAGCGAACUCCUCCAUCCUCCAUCCUUUUUCUGUAUACUCUUUGUGGUUCUGCCCCCAAAAGGGCUUGAGGGGACAGAGGACCUUGUUUUCCCCUAUGUGGUAUUUCAUUUUUACUGAGCAGUUUCCUUGCCCCAAACUUGAGGUGUAGGAAGGAAUUUGGAGGUGGAGGCUGGGGGGCUGUGUGUGGGAGCUUCUACCAUUCAGGGUAUGAGUGAAUAUUUACUGAAUAUUGAAUAUUCUGCCUAUUAAUAAAAACACUAAAUUCAGACG